CGGUUACGUCAUUCUAGCGGUGUGUAGCAGUGUGUUGUUUGGUGUAGUUCAUCGCAAAAUCGCAAUAUUAUUUCCUAGAAGCAUAUUUAAUAUGAAGCCCAUUCGAAAAUUGCAUCGAUACUUUUCUGAAUGCCUUUGAGUACACAACGACAGAUUGUGGGCUUGUGCUUGUGGUCAGUUUGCGGAUGCUAAUAAUAAUGUAGUCACGAAGAACACCUCUCGCAAUAACGUAAAUUGUAAUGAAUACGUUAAGUAACAUGCGUGAACGUUUUCUGGCAUAGAUUGUGUAGAUUAACCUUAUCAAGUAUUUAUAUAGCGUCCUUAGAGUUACAUAGAGCUAUGUGAUUAUAAUAAUUUAACCAAUAAAUUUGUAACUCGAGAUACCAUGGAGGUUCUGUUGUUACUAAAAUCUAUUUUGUGUGCUUGUCAGUGGUCAGUUUCAGCUAUUAAAUCAUAAAAUGGGUGCAAAUAUAUCACAACUAGAGAGAGAUAUUGGCUCUGAUCAAUUUCCACCUAACGAACAUUAUUUUGGCUUAGUUAAUUUUGGGAAUACCUGUUAUAGUAAUUCUGUGUUACAAGCUUUGUACUUUUGUCGACCAUUUAGAGAAAAGGUUCUAGAGUAUAAAGCUCGAAAUAAGAGAACCAAAGAGACAUUACUAACAUGUUUAGCAGACUUAUUUUACAGCAUUGCAACACAGAAAAAGAAAGUUGGGUCUAUAGCCCCUAAAAAAUUUAUUGCUAGAUUAAGGAAGGAAAAAGAGGAAUUUGAUAAUUAUAUGCAACAAGACGCCCAUGAGUUUUUAAAUUUCUUAAUAAAUCACAUAAAUGAAAUAAUUUUGGCAGAGAGAAGUCAGACUAAGCCAGUUGGUGGAAAAUGUGGAGCUGGAGAUGCUGGUUCGCCAACAGAGCCAACAUGGGUUCAUGAAAUAUUUCAGGGAAUUCUGACAUCAGAAACUCGCUGCCUUAAUUGUGAGACUGUAUCUAGUAAAGAUGAGGACUUUUUUGACCUACAGGUCGAUGUAGAUCAAAAUACUUCAAUCACCCACUGCCUCAGAUGUUUCUCCAAUACUGAGACUCUUUGUAGCGAUAACAAAUUUAAAUGUGAUCAUUGUAGCAGUUAUCAAGAAGCACAGAAACGAAUGAGAGUUAAGAAAUUGCCAAUGAUACUGGCCUUGCAUCUAAAGAGAUUUAAAUAUGUGGAACAAUAUAAUCGUCACAUCAAAGUUUCCCACAGAGUAGUUUUUCCUCUGGAACUUCGGCUCUUUAACACUAGUGACGAUGCGGUAAAUCCAGAUAGAUUGUACGAUCUGGUCGCAGUUGUGAUACAUUGUGGAAGUGGGCCUAAUCGGGGACACUACAUUUCCAUAGUCAAAAGUCAUGGAUUUUGGUUGCUCUUUGACGAUGAUAUGGUCGAUAAAAUUGAUGCAUCCACGAUAGAAGAUUUUUACGGACUUACAUCAGAUAUUCAGAAGAGUUCUGAAACUGGUUACAUCCUAUUCUACCAAUCAAGAGAUUGCAGUUAGAAUUUAAUAUAAAUAUAUAGUAAAUAAAUUAAACAAAUCCUAUAUAGUAAUUUCAUAUUUUAUUAAAGUACAUUAUAUAAGAUUAGGAAUGUUAUAUGUUAGAUUAUUUAUAAAAGCAAAGUAUAUAUAAAUAGAUUCAAUUAGAUUUUAUUUGUAAAAUAUUAAAAAAACCAUUAGCUUUGUCGUUAUUCACUGAUGCAAUGCCUUGAUAAAGAUCAAUAGUCUUUGUUAAGGGAAGUGGUCAGUCAUGAUUUACAUAAGAAUUAUUUAUUUUAAUUCUAAUGAGAAACUAGUCUAUCUUUAUAAAAAGGAAAUCAUUUGUUUUAUUUUUAGAUCAACUUAUCUAAGUAAUUUAGAAAUGUUGGGAGCGCUAACAGAUUCUAUGUGUAUGUAAAAAAGUAUGACUGAAAAUAAAACGAUUGUUAUCAGAAUUUACUACA